AAUGUAUGUUUGUUUUUAUCAAUGAUAUAGUUAUGGGUGUACCAGCAUGGCGCCCUAGUAUAGUGACUCCCUCUCCGGUUAUUAGUUUGUUAGCAGAGCUACUGUAUUCAUAUUACAGUAUCACCUCAGUCACUUGUCAUUUGUAAACAGAACAUGUUGCUUAUAGUGGUGCGCAGCCUGUGACUCUGGUUUGUCCUUGCCAGAUGCCGGUUGAAAAAACUGAGUGAGAAAAUAUGGAGUUUUUUGUGCAGCUCAGAAUCUCCAGACAAAAAAUCUUGACUUUCAACAAAUUCAUUUCUUCUAAAUUGAGACUACAAAAAAGUACAUUUCAAAUUCCAACACAAACUUCACAUUUUGAAUGUAAAUCAUGGAGCAGAGAUUUAAAGGGCAGAAUUUAUCAAUAUAACAACCUCAUCAAACCUUCAACUUCUUUUCUUUCUCCGUGUUUUUAUUUCAUCAGUAAGGCAGAGGGGCAUCAGGGUGCAAUUCAAAGACAAAACAAUCUGAAUUCUUACAGGUCUCCUACAUUUGCACAAGUGACAAAAAGGAAGUCAUUUUUCCAAUCUUCGCCUCUGCAACAGGUCUUGUCCUCGAGACAGAUCCAUACUUCAUCACGUUUGAAUGUCCUACCUCCCCAUGUGUGGCUGAUUAUUAAGCCAGCACAGAAGCUCUUUGCAAUCAUCAUUGGCAGGAGCAUAAGAAAAUGGUGGAAGACUCUUCCUACCAACAAACGUGAAUUGUUCAAAGAAAGUUUAAAAAGGAAUAAGUGGAAGAUUUCUCUGAGUGUUGGAGCUCUGGGAAUUAUAUUCAUUCUGUUUUAUUUUACUCAUCUGGAGGAGAGUCCUAUUACUGGUCGCAACAGACUUCUGGUUUUUAGAAAAGAACAUUAUGACUUUCUCAACAAAUUUGAGUAUGAAAAUCUGAUGGAAGAAUAUAAGGAAAUAAUACUUCCAGAGGAAGAUCCACGUUAUCAGCUUGUCCAGAGAAUUGUAAACCAUCUUAUCUCAAGCAACCGUGACCUGCCACAAGUAUCUGAGAUUGAGUGGGUCGUACAUGUUGUGGACAAAUCGGACAUUAAUGCUUUUGUGCUUCCGAACGGACAAAUUUUUAUUUUCACGGGAAUGCUUAACGCUGUGGCAGACAAUCACCAGAUCUACUUUAUAUUGAGUCAUGAAUUGGCACAUGCUGUUCUCGAACACACAGCAGAAAAGGCUAGUGUCAGCCACUUCUUGGACUUCCUGUUUCUCAUAUCUCUUGCUGUGAUAUGGGCUGUGUGCCCCAUGGACAGUCUAGCAGUCGUUGGUCAGUGGGCUCAGUCAAAGAUAAAAGAGUUCAUGUUUGACAGACCGUAUAGCAGGGCCUUAGAGGCUGAAGCAGACAAAGUUGGACUUCAGCUGGCUGCCAAGGCUUGUGCUGAUGUGAGAGCGAGUUCUGUGUUCUGGCAUCAGAUGGACGUCUCAGAAACUUUUGAUGGGCAACCAAAAAUCCCAGAGUGGCUAUCUACGCACCCGUCACAUGAAAACCGAGCUGAACACCUGGACAGGCUCAUACCAGAGGCCCUUAAGCUAAGAGAAAAGUGCAAUUGCCCAGCUCUCUCCGAUCCUGACCCAAGAUUAAUAUUCGCUUUGAGCGUGCAGCGUCUGCUACAAACCUCAAAGGAAACAGAGCACGACAGGCUAAAAGGAGAAUUUGUGCCAGUCCAAGUGAAUGACAAAGUCCCCACAGCUUCUGUAGUGAAAGCAAUUUAGUGAAUUAUGCAACAUUUCAAAACUGUCCAAAUUGAUUUUGAAAACUGUGACACCUUUUACAUUAAACUAAAAAUCUAUUUUUGAAAAUAUCAAUUGAAUUAGUGCGUUGUGUGCCCUUUUGCACUUCCUUAUACCUCUAAAAUAUUUUUAUGUCUUCUAAAUUUCUGUAUAUUUACAAAAUGUCUUAUUGCUGCAACAGUAAAUUAAGAUUUAUGAAUCACUAAAGUAGGAUGUAGGUCAAUUUAAAAAAAUGUGUCUCCUGAGUUAUCAAUAGGGCCACUUCUUACUUUCUACCCUUAUGAUGGACACAUAGCUAGUAUUGUUUUUAAAAGCAUGUUUUAAUUUUACCAAUAAAUCAAUUAUUUCUCACUUGAAAUACUGAAAGUAAAAGUUGUUUGAAAACUCCCAA